AGAAAAGCAAGGGUCAACAGAGGGCUUGAGGAAUUUGUUCCACAUAAACAGCGGAACAGUGGAGAAAAGUGGGGAAGUGAGAGGAAGUUAGAGUGGGGGAAUGGAAAUAAUGGAAGAAGCAACACGUGACCAGGGAAUUCGAGCUCCGAUUGGCGGAUAGUGAUGAACGUUGCUUUCCCUCCUGACCCGUUGCCAUUCGCUCGCCCUUCUUCCGAGGUUCUGUGCAGCUGCCCGCUCAGAAUAGUUCCAGAUGUGGCCAUGUUUAGUUUGAUCUUUGAAGUUUUCGCUCAUCGUCUCAUAACUGAUACAUUUUUAUACUAUCUGCUGACACAGUAAUACGGUCUGUCCGACCAUCGUAUUUUUCGCCUGCCUGCGGCUAGUCUCGUUCAUAAUACAUAUGUUCUUCUUUUGCUGAGAUAAAUCUCCAACGCGGAAGUACACGAGGGACGUAAAACGCUGUAAAACCAUCGGGAGACACGAAUCGCGUCGAGUCCGUGGAUAUUAAUUUUCGAGAAUUCUAUCGCCAAUAACAGACGCGCGUCUAAUUAAAUACGCAGUUGUUUCAACGGCAAGGCCAGAUCAAUUUGUCGUUCCCUUUCUCUCUCUCUCUUUCUCUCUCCCAAAGAUUUUAAAUAAAAAAAGAGAGCGCCGUUAUCAAAUUACGACGGGAAUCGUUAAAGUGGAAGCUACGCUUCACAUAUUCUUCGAGGCUUCAAUUGUAGUUUGUCGGAGAAACGUUGGGAUUUUUUCCUUUUCGUAAAAGUUGCAAAAAAAAACCGAAUAAUACGCACGCGCGUUUCCUUUUGAGCAUCGCCCCGUUUUUCACUCGCUUUACCAAGUAUAUUUACGUCCAUACGAGAAAGAUAAUCUAAGACGCCUACGAACUUAUCGGCGAGCCGCCAUAUGCCACGUCAAGCCAGAAUGACGUUGCAGUGGCGAGAUUGCGCCAUUUAACGAAAUUUAAUAGCGAAGAAAGGAGACACAGUGAAAUACAUACUUGACCGAAUCUAAAGUGCAAUAAUAAAUAUUCCGGAUAAAACGGAGGAUACAGAGAGAGUAUUUAGUACGAAAUAGCCUGUGUUCAGGCGUGAAGAAUAUUUGAGAGAAAAAGAUACAGGGGCGUAUCCGAGUUGAGAAAAGGGAAAAAACGUUAACGAAAACUGGUACAUUCGGUUGUUGGUGCGCGCAAGCGCGCUUACGUUAAUAACAAGAGAGAAAGAGAAACGGAAAGACACGAAACAUUCUGUAGGGUAAUUUGUGUCCUGUAACGAGUAUUUUCAAAAUUUCAAAUGCUAGAAUUCAGGCACGCGAUUAUCUUGCAAACAAAGAGCCAUCGAGUGUGGUCGCGUCAAUCGAUCGAAUGAUCAUCGUCGGGCCACAGUGCUAUAUCAUACGGUACAAAACACGAUCGAUCGGGACAAAACAAUGGCAUUAGAGAGUGUUUCCGCGGCUGAGACUCUAAUCCAAAGUAAUAAUGACAAUGACUUGGAAGACGGAGAAAUUCCGUCUGAUGAAGAUGACGAGCCUGUACCACCACCUGUAAUUGACGAUACCGUUAAAACUGCAUCAAAGGCAGAUACAUCAAAAAAUAAAACCUUUGAUUCUAAAUUUAGUAAAAAUAAAAAGCCCAGCGUUCAAGGAGGUAGUAAGCAUGACAGAUUUUUGAAGUAUAAAAGUCCAACGGAAGAUUGGGCCGGAGAUGUUGAGAAAGCAAUCAGAGCAGCUCUAGAAGAAGAUGGUGCCAGAAAUCAAGAUUCUAAAUCUAAGAAUAAAAAUAAUAGAAAUAAGAGUAGGAAAAGGCUACGCGAUGAAAGGGAAGAAGACCGUAGCAAGGAUCAGAAGAGACGAAAGGUGAGCGACGAUGAAAAUGUUAAUGAAGAUGAAGAUGAGAUGUUAUUUGUGAGAGGUGCUUCACCCGUUAGGAAAGAUUCGCAAGAAAAUAAUUCUCCUAGACAUACCAAUGAACAUGAGAACUUUGACAGUAAUUCUGAUUAUGAUGAAAGGCCUAAUGUAAAUCGACAUAGGGAUAAUGAUACUAAACGUGGCAAUACAAGAGGAGGAGGAGGAGGGGGAGGGGGAGGAGGAGGAGGAGGAGGAGGACGGAGAGGAGGUAAAAAUGAACGUGGCGGUAAAAAUAAAACUCGCGGGCAAAUGCGAAAUGACAGAAAUGGACGAAGAAAUCAAAAUAAUGAUCACAAUCAAGACCCAGAUGCUAUAUGCGUUUAUUACAUGCAAGGAAAAUGUCAUAGAGGAGAUGAUUGCCCUUUUUCGCAUAAUGCAUUGCCACCUAGAAAAAUGGAAUUGUGUAAAUUUUAUCUUAUGGACUGUUGCGCGAAGAGAGACAAAUGUCUUUACAUGCAUCAUGAUUUCCCAUGUAAAUUUUUCCAUACAGGAUUGAAAUGCAAUCAAGGAGAAAAUUGUAAAUUUUCUCAUCAACCUUUGAACGAACAGGUGAAAGGAAUUUUACUGAAACACUUGGAAACAGCACCAAAGGAAAUUCUUGGUGAUUUUCCACGGUUAAGUAGGGACGGAGCGAUGCUGAUGAUAAAUAACACGGCAAGAACGCUAGCUCAGGGUCAAGAGGUAACAAAUCAAAAAAUUCCAAGUCUUUUUGAUUUAAACGUGACUGCACCGAUUAAUACCACCGAGAAAAGUAACGAAAAGGAAGAGAAAGAGCACGCAACACCUCAACAGAAAAAUGUUAGAGAAAGAAAACCAUCUGGUAAAAAAACUCGAUGGGGUUCUGACGAGGAUAGAGUCCCAUAUGAACAAAUUAUGCUAUUACAAUCAGCCAAUGAGUUUGGUUUGCAACUUCCCAAUGCUGCGCUAGGUUUAGCAACUCAACAGCAGCUACAUCAAAAACCAUUAAUACCACAAUCUAUACCAAACAUGGACUUUUAUACAGAAGCCAGUUCUGAAUUGAAUAAAAGUACUUUAAGUAAAGUACGAGACAGAGAAGAUUUUACAAAGGAUGUAGAAGAGGAUGAAAUUUUAGAACAGGCAAAAAAGAAAGAUACUUCUGUACUUGAAAAUUCGAAAGAUAUAGAUUUAAGACAAUUGUUAAAAACCUCGAAAAAGUCGCCACCUGUUGUUAGUAUAGCCGACGAAGUAGCAAAUCUUACUAAAUCUAAGUUUGACGAAGAGAGUGACCAGGAUGAAGAAACUGAUCUUGUAAUUGAAGUGCCAACCGAGGACGAUGAUAAACAGAAGGACAAAAGUACAGAUCAAGAAGAAACGUGUACCGCGAAUGAACAAAGUAUUAAUCUCAGUGCCUCUUCACCACACGCGGAAGAGCAAGAAGUGCCGACUCACUUACCAAAAAAAGCACAGGAAUUAUUUAUGCGUAUUCAACAACAACAACGGGCAGCUCAAGACAGCUUUAAAAAUAUGGAAAAUGAGUGCUCUACGCGAAACACAGAUCAAAUUCUAGAAGACUGGUAUUCAGACGAUGAGGACGACGACGACGACGAUGAAGGCGGCAAUCUUACAAUAGUACUUUCUAAUAAGGACACUUCGAAAGAAGAGAAUGAAUUUGCAGAAAAGACUCAGAAUAUCGUCAUUAAAGAAGAAUUUCAACCUCAAACUUUGACACCUGCCAUACCCCAGCCAGCAGCUAUCGUAGACAAACUCGGUGAUUUGAGUAAAAUUGAUAUCAGUGCCGAAGUGUCCAAGUUACUAUCGUCGCUUAAAGCGCAUAGUUCAACGACGAGUAAAUCUGGUCAACAGUCUGCCAAUGGACAGGAUUAUCUAUCAAAAGUUAAAUCCUCACCAGACAGAAUAUCGUCGGACGAAUCCAAUAGCCAAAAUAAAAUGAAUAUUGGUGCAACAUUCAGUAGUUCGAGUCAGUUGAUGAAAAUUGAGAACGAAACAUCAAGUCCACGUUCCUCGCCUGGAAUGAGCUCCGCGCCUGUGUCCAGAGAUCCUCGCAUGUCUCGAGAUCCAAGACAACGCAGAGAGGAGCAGAAGUCGAGCAGCCCCAGUAGAAUAGAAUGUAAAAAGGAAUCGAAGCAUCUUCGAUUGGAAACGAGCAUCUAUAGUUCUGGUAUUACCGCAGUUGACACCAAUAUGGACACAGAUCUUCGUACCAAAACAGAUCAAGAUCUCAGAAGAAAAGAUAUGGAUUUCAGACAACGAUUUCAAACUGGCUUUGGAGAUACAGAUCUUCGAGUUGUUGGUACAGGUUUUACAGAUACAUCCACUAAAUCUGACAUCGAUUUACGGCAAAUGUUAAGUCUACCGUUCAAACCAGCACCAUCGCACAUACCUUGCACGGAAAUAGAUGCAAGUAUUUCUUCGCAUCCUCCGAUGACCUACAAAGUAUACGUCGUUGAUAUACCGAGGCCUGAUUAUACGGGUCUGAAACUUACCAAGAAUGAUGCACAGGUGAAAUACGAUCCACGUUUAAGGAAGAUAUUCAGAAUUGGAAAAGUUGAAUUAGCCGAUUCUCCUAUGUCUCCGCCUCCAGUAAAACCAGACACUCCGAAGUCACCCCCACAAGUUCGAUCUGAUCCACGUCGUAAAGCUCUUGAGGCUUCCAACUUAUCUUCUCAAAAUGUAAAUGCUUCCAUGAUGAAAACUGUACAACAGUCACCAAUGGAAAUAUCAAACAUAGGAAUGGGUACUGGUGGAAUGCCUGUUCCUCAGGUUAUGCCUGGGCCACAAGGUAUGCAAGGGGGACAAGGUAUGAUGCCUAUGGGUCCAAAUCCGAUGCUUGGAAACAUGGGCCCAAUGGGACCUAUGAUGAACGCUCCUAUGGGACCUCAAGGUAUGUCGCCGAUGGGAAUUGCGGGAAUAUCAAAUAUGCCGCCAGGUAUACCUCUUAAUGGACCACCAGUUGUGCCUCAAAGUCAAAUGAACUUUGAUCCACGUUUCAACGUUCAACGUAACAACGGAGCCGGACUUUUAGGCCCAGCACCUGGUGUAGGUUUUGGGCCAGACGUUAAUUCUUCGUACGAUGGUGCAGCCAAUUACUCUGGUGGUAAUUUCAAUAACUUUGGUCCCAAUCCUGGCCCAGUACCGCCAGAUUCCAGUAUAAUGGGGUUCAAUCCAAAUGGACCGAAUCCAAAUUUUGGAAUGGAUGGGCCAGAGUGGAAUGGAACGAAUCAAAAUAGACGUGGUGGCCGAAUUAGGCGGCGGAAUCGAAACAGGACCAAUAUCGUGACUAAUAAUUAAAGCAAUAAGCAAUUCUGAGUAGGUACAUAAGCGAAGUACCUGGUGAUAAUUCUCAUUUUAAUUUAAAUUUGUACAGCAUGCAUUCUUGAUAUAAUGCAUUCAUUUAUGCGGUCCAGAUUAAUUGUUUUGAUCGUGUCAAUUGUACAUGGUGUCAAAUGCUCGCUAGUAAUUAAAUAGCAAAAUAGAAAAUUAAGGAAUCGAAAAUAUUAAAAAAUUGUAAAUGGAUAUACUUUAAAGCAUUUGUUAAGAAGUAUGCAUACCAUGAACGGUAUGAAUAAUGCUCAUAAUCACGUGACGUUAUAUAUUUUAUUUAAAAUAAGAAAUCAUAUUCUACAGUGAAAAUAUUAUAUGUAUACAGACUACAUCUAUUAGACUACAGAUAAAAGAAAUUAUUUCAUCCAAGAGAUGUAUCUGUAUAUAUUGAAGGAGAUCAUCCAUUUGAAAAGACAUUUAAUACAUAAGACACGACGAAUGAAAAUCGUUUGAUUGAUAUUUUUUUUUUAUGUCUUCCAUGUAUAGUAAAUAACAUCAACGCAUUAUAUAUGAUUCAUAUGCACACUGUAGUUUUGGCUUCUAGAACGCAUAUAUAGACUUUUAUCAAAUUGUGUUCAAGCUUGAUGUAAAUUAUUCAAUCGUUGAAUGGCCUAUGGCUCAUUAUCAGAAAUGGAAACACCAGUGAAAUGACAGAACGUCAAUCAGUACGACAUUGCAAUAUUUUGUAAAAAUUAAUGUAUUUAUAAGAAUUUUGAAAACAGUUGUACAUGGACAUACUUUUUUACUUGCAUAAGUAUUGAAGAGAUAUAAAUGGGUAUAUAAUAUCUUCUUUUUUUGUUCCAAUUUUUUUUGUAGAAGUUGCAAAUUAAAAACUUUUGAAUAGAUGCUAAUCCUGUAAUAAUCCGUUUUACACUGCUAGUAAAACUUAUAUCCAGUAAUUACAUUUAUCCAUUUCGUGGUACAACUGUACGUUCCACAUUAAUGUUAAACACAAUUAUCUGCUAGAAUGCAGAUUAAGAAUACUUCCUCUUUGAGAAAUAAUGUUAGAAACAGAUUAUAUUUAAAUUUAAAGAAU